AACCUAAUAUGUUCCUUUGUCCUCGAUAGUGAAGCUUGAAUCGAAUUAACAACAAUGGCCGUUGUGGUUGGCUGUCAGUGUAAAACUUUCGUAGAUUAUGUAUCGAAUGACAGUUUUUUGCCGAUUCAAAAUUUCUGUUGUUAUAUCACAUUGAUCAAUUUGUAAAUAGAUAAAUCCAAUAGAAUCGGUGACAGAUGAUGAUUUUUUAAUAUACUCAAGUUUCGCGGUAUCAACUAGUUAUCAUCAAUGACCAGCUGACAAUGUUUUUCAAUUAGUAUAAUUCAGUGAGAUACUCGUGGUUAUUCGAAGAUGUUUAAAACAGAAGAAUCCUCACGAGGUAGCUUCCUUCAGCAAACAAAAGCCGCGAGAGAAGAAAGAGCUCAUGAAAAAGAUAGGGAAGCUGCUGUCAUUGUUAUUCAAGCGUAUGUUAGAGGAUGGUUGGCUCGUAUCAGAUUUACCAAAAAGAUUCUAGAGGAAUUCGAUAUCAAUUUUCCUGAUGAUUGUACAAAGCUGGAUGCAAACAUAGAGUUGCAGCUUGCGUUGCAUAUAUACAGGGUUACUUCUAGAUUUUUGAUUAUUUAUAAGAAGGAAAGGGAUCAAGAAAGAAUAGAAAAAUUGUGUAGAUACCUUGUGCAAACUCUUCAAUCAGAGUCCCCAAAGUUUUCAUAUGUAGGUGUGGCUCUUAACAAGGAUCACUACAUAUCAUGGAUAUUGCAAAUGAAAACAAUUUUAAAUCAUUGUCUCAUUGGCUUGGACAGCCUUAAACCUGAAAUAAGUUCUGACCAUACGUCCAUCCUAUUGAGAUUAUACACAUUAGUUAGUUUUACGUCACCAGCAUCAUGGGCAAUAUUAAAGGUAGAGAGCAUGGAAAAACUUAGAACUGGUAUGAGCCAAUUAUGUGCAAACAUAAUGGGGCACCUUGUUAAUAAUGGCUUUUAUGCUAUUAUGCAGACAUUACUAGUAAAAGGAUUAGGUAGAGCUGAAGUUUCAUCGAUAUCAGUUGCACUCUCUGCAGCUGUGACGUUAACUUUAAGACCAUUGAUAUCCUCUCAAAUGUCAGAUAAACUAGUAUCAUUAUUUUUAAUUAAUAUUUUUAGUGUCCCUGCUUUGGUUUAUCACUUGAACAUGUUAUGUCCGGAGUGCAUUUCAUCCUUUAUUAUGCAUAAUUUAUUUGCAAGAAGUUUGGAACUGUUAAAUUCAGAACAAAAUUUGAGGAUAGUUUUUAAUGCACUGGAGGGUAGUUAUGCACUUUGUUUAUUAUCAAAUUUGAUACAGUUAGCAAAUAUUGAAAGAGAAGAAGUCCUGAGGGAUUCAUAUUUUCCUUCAUUCACGUUUGUUGUUACAAAAAUGCUGGAGGCCUGUCAACAGUAUGUAGUGGCCAAACAAAGUAACAUAACUCAUUGGCAUCCAAUUCUUGGUUGGUUUGCACAAUCAGUGGAUACUCCUUUACAAGAAGCUAUUCCUUAUGUGACAUCACAAUUAGUUUGCCUAUGGACUGGUAGAAUUGUCUUACAAUUAAUUGGUCAACCAUUAACCGAACUCGUUGGUAAGGAAUCACCACCACAAUUGGAACAACAAAGUACAUCUAUAAGUACUAAUAUUUUCCGUCGGGCAUUUUUGGAAGCACGCACAAAUAGAAAUAAUAGCAAUAAAAAUUAUAGAAAAUUAGGAAGUCCCGAAUGUACCAAAAUUGCCCUGAUCUGUUCUAUGUACCAAACUGCUCUUCAUACUCUUACACAAAUGAAGCAGGAUAUAUUAACGGGACUUUGUUAUCAAGACAAAAUUUUGUAUCAUAUGUGGUUGUUUUUGGGAACAUUAGGACCACACUGUGGUUUAAAAGCAUUUUUAGAUCACUUAGCGGCAAAUACAAAAUGUACAGCACCAGAAUUUCAAAUGUUGAUAUUGUUUUGCGAUUGUAUGACACAUUAUGUUACUAUAUUAGACGACAUGGAGAUGUACGAACAGCAAGAUCCGUUUAAAUUAUCGGAUUUUAUAACAAUGUCAUUUUUUUUGAAUCAAUUUUUGUACAAAGCCGUUCUUAAUAAUCUAUUCGAUGUUACAGAUGUGAAAACAGUAUCUAACAAUCCGUUAUUUACAUCACUACAUACACUUUUAAUGGCGAUUUAUCGUCGGGAUUGUAGAAGGCCUUUUUGUCCGGAAGGACAUUGGUUGGCGAAGGAAGUACGAGUAUCUGGUUUCUUAGCUGAUUUAGAAAAGAGAAGAGGUGGUGCAGCACUUUUGUUAUCAAAAAUGCCGCAUGUCAUACCGCAUUCCGAAAGGGUGGUAUUAUUUCGAAAGCAUGUUGCCAACGAAAAAGCAGUUAUGGGUUUAACAGAAAGUGCUUGUAACAGUCCACCAACUACGUUAAUAGUUGUUCACAGAACACGUAUAGUAGAGGAUGGUUAUCGGCAAUUAGCUAUGUUACCUCCUCAAGCAUUGAAAGGUGUAAUCAGAGUACGGUUCGUGAACGAACAAGGUUUAGCAGAAGCUGGAAUAGAUCAGGAUGGUGUAUUUAAAGAAUUUUUAGAAGAAACGAUAAAAAGGGUUUUCGAUCCGUCAUUAAAUUUGUUCAAAGCUACAAGUGAAAAUCGUCUUUAUCCUUCUCCAACUUCCUCAAUGCAGGACAAUCAUUUACAAUUGUUCGAAUUCGUUGGACGGAUGUUAGGCAAGGCAGUUUACGAGGGAAUCGUUGUGGAUGUACCAUUUGCGUCAUUUUUUGUUUCACAAUUUUCUGGACAAGCAGGAGGAACUUUAUACAAUUGUUUGGACGAGCUUGCUUCAUUGGAUCGAGAUCUUUAUCGUAGUUUAACAUUGGUUAAACAUUACAAAGGCGAUGUUAGACAAUUAGAAUUAACAUUCUCAUUAGACGAAGAUGUUAUGGGAAAAUUAGUAACCCACGAAUUGAUACCUGGUGGACGUGCCGAGGCAGUUACUAAUCAAAAUAAAAUUCGUUAUAUACAUAGAAUGGCACAUUUUAGAAUGCACACUCAAAUAAAGGAACAAACUGCAGCUUUUAUAAAAGGAUUUUGUUCUAUAAUCAAUCCCGAUUGGUUAUCAUUAUUUUCAACGCCAGAAUUACAAAGAUUAAUUUCGGGCGAUAACGUCCCUUUGGAUCUACGUGAUCUACGUAGGCAUACGCAAUAUUAUGGUGGUUUUCACGACAGUCAUAGAGUAGUAUGUUGGUUAUGGGACAUCCUCGAGAAAGACUUUACCGAGGAAGAAAGAGGGUUGUUUUUGAAGUUCGUCACAAGCUGUUCAAAAUCACCCUUGCUUGGAUUCGCUCAUCUGGAACCAAGAUUUUCAAUACGUUGCGUUGAAGUUGGCGAUGACGAGGAUACAGGUGAUACAAUUGGCAGUGUGAUACGUGGAUUCUUUACGAUACGUAAAAAGGAUCCUCAAAUUCGAUUGCCUACCUCCUCUACGUGUUUCAAUUUAUUGAAACUACCAAAUUACCAGAAAAAGAGUACGCUUCGUGAGAAGUUACGUUAUGCUGUGACCAGUAAUACAGGUUUCGAGCUUUCUUAAUCUAUGAGCUGUUGAUGGAAUGAAAGCAGCACAAUCAGGGAACUAUAACUCGAAACGCAGAGCGAAAAUCGAAAGUGAUCGAGCGGUGCCUAACUGAUAUACCCCGUGUUUCAAUAUAUGACAUGACCUAUAUAAAAGAGGAUAUAUAUAUAUAUAUAUAUAUGUAUAUAUAUAUCGAAAUGAACGAAAAUGUACAGUAAACAUACAUAGGUAGUUAAGCCUAAUAAGUUGUAAGAGUAAUAAUUUCUAUAGUAUAAUUAUUUACACAAAUUUCGUAUGAUAUUAGAAGAAGAUGAAGGAAUGAAGAUUUUGAAAAUAUUUUCCUUCUUUUUUUUUCUUUUUUUGCCAAUUACAUAAAUCUUUCCAUAUUGAUAAGUAAUGUAACAGAGAGUAUAUAGAGCCGAACAUAAAUAUGCAUAUAUUCUCUCGUGUUGUUCCUUUAUAUAUAUGUAUAUAUACACGCAUACAUAUACAUAUAUAUAUAUAUAUAUAUAUAUAUAUAUAUAUAUAUAUAUAUAUAUAUAUAUAUACAUAUAAUUAGCAUUAUGCGAUAUUUAGUUAAGUAAUUAUUAUAAUUACUAUAUGUUUUUAUAAUCAAUCUAUUGCGUUUCAUCGAUUGUAAUCAAUGGAAAAUUAUGCGAUUUAUAGAACGAUUUAUGUAUACCUUAUAUGAGCUUAUAAAUUAUUAAUCGUUCGCUUUUUAGUCGAUAGUAGUAAAAUAAUAGAAUUAUUAUGGAAAUGUUUUACUUAUUUGUAUACAUUAAAUGUUAAAUCAUUUUGCCAAAACAGAAUCAUUGAUGCUGAGUGAAAAAAGGAAGAUAUACACUAUAUGAACAAUUUCCGAGAAUAAAGAUUUAAUGAUGAAAGGGAAAAUUGAAAAAAAAAAAAAAUAAAAAAAAGAAAGAAAAGAUAAAGAAAAAAAAAUAAGAAGAAGAAGAAGAAGAAGAAAAAGAGAAAAAUAAAAAAAAAAAGAAAGAAAUACAAUGGAUGCUCUAUUUUGAAGAGAGCUAUUUUCUCGACAAAUUUUUGUACAAAUUUUUGAAAACAAUUGUUGCGUAUUGUACAAAACGCGUUGUGUAGUUUUACGCGGACGUAAUCGUCGUCGUCUUUGUCGUCGUCUUCGUCGUCGUCGUCAUCUUUAUUGUGGAUGAAAUCGGCAAUGUUUGCACACUGAAUUUCCUAUAUAAGAUCUCUUGCACUCUCUCUUUUGAAAUUUAUUCAAGAUUCACGCGAUAUAAAUCAAUUUUUUAUGAUAUUAUACACAAGAAGAUACACAAUAGAAAUAUAUUUAGCAUUUCGAUUUUUUUUUUUAAAUAAUGAAUUAAUCAAUGGGAGACUUGUUUAGGAAAUUUAGUAAGACCAAAGAUAAAAUAGAAAUCUAUUUAGCGCUUAGAAAUACGCGUUCUGCGCUUUCAUAUUUUCUUACGUAAUCAUAUAUACAUAUAUACAAAUAUAUAUACACACACAGAUACACACACGCACACACAUAUAUGUAUAUAUAUAUUUUUAGCAACAACAUUUUCGAUCUCUAUUCACAUUUUGUAACGCAUUAGAAAAGUACAAUUAAAAUUGCAGUCAUAAUGAUUUGUUUAAUAUUUAUAUAUUAAAAACAUUGUUAUACUUUAUAUAUAUAUAUAUAAAGUCUAUAUAAAGUCUAUAUAUAUAUAUAUAUAUAUAUAUAUAUAGAAAGAUUGAUAUAUAGAAUUGAUUUGAUUUAAUUUGUGCAAUAUUUAUGUAAUAUUUGGAAAAGAUACAGAUUUUGCAAUACAGUGAAUAGAGAAAUGUUGUAUGUAAAAAGAGAUACAUAAUCGAUGUUUAAUGUAAUAUUUUUUUUUGGAGAUUGUAAGAAAAAAUUUUUCAUAGGAUGAAGAAACGAAAGUUUUGGGUUAGAUUACAUCUUCGAUAAAUUGUAUUUAUCUAAUUACUCUAAUUUAAUGCGUUUCUAAAUUAAUGCGUUAUUUGAUACACGAUCCGUAUAUCAAAUCUGGAACAAUAGGUUGAAAGGUAUAAAUGGAUAUAUUUAAUUUUUUCUUACGAUAACUACAAAUAUAUAUAUAUAUAUAUAUAUAUAUAUAUAUAUAUAUAUAUUCGUAGAGUGAAAGAGGAGAAAGAGAUUAUAUACGCUUUGUAAAUCGGCCGUUUCAUUGGAAACGUAUAGAUAGAUAAAGUUUUUUAAGUGUGUAUCGUCGUACCAAUGGAGAAAGUAAGAAAAGAAAGAAGGAAGAAAGAAAUGAAGGAAAAAAAAUAAAGAGAAAGAAGGGAAGGAAGAAGGAAAGGAAAGUAAAUGACGUGUCGAUCUAAAAAUAUCUUUGGAAAUUAUACCGGUAAUCAUGUAAAUAUUUACAAAAUCUAAAAA